CGCAUUUUUGACUUGUGACCUUGAGGAUGUCCCCUUCGAAGCUGACAUUCCAUAACAGGUGUGUUUCUGCUUUCUUCCUCCAUGUUGUCAAAUUAGUGAAUUCGCCCUCAAUACCAUUCAAGAGCGGUGGCCAAAAAUUUUAUCUCAGCUUAUCGAUUCGAUCUACCGGAAUCGUGAAACGUAUUGUAACGAUGCUCGUCAAGACAUAUCCGACAAGUUGAAGGAACUAACGCGACUUAUUUGUCACUUAAGAUAUGACAUAAUGACGAACAAACCAAUCACACUCUUAUCGUUCUCACCUCUUGGUUCUACUGAGUUGGAACUCUGGAAUCACUUACUGUCUGUGCAAAGAGUUAAACUUAGACAAUCAGAGGACACAGAAUCUGAAGGUCUACAAAUGUGCUGGUAUGAUCUUCCAUGGCUAUUCGCUGAAUGCUAUCUUUACCGUCGUGUUAUCGAUGUGGUUGUGCAAAGUGGUCUAAUUGAAUUUGAUCCUUUUUUCUUAAAAAAGAAACAUUGCUUCAAAAAGGCUGAACCUUUCAUAAAUUCUGUCCUUCACUGCUUGACAAAACUGUCAGAUUUACCUCCUGAACGAGCAUUCAACUUUUUCAUAAAUGCUUCUUUAUGGGCCAAUGAAUUUGAUUUAUCACUUCAUCCUGAUGGCGACUUUCAACAAAUUGAAUUCGACCAAAUUUCGGACUUUAUCAAGCGUGUUGAGAGGCAGUUAGUUGUAAAUGAUGGUGAUGCGUUGGAUCAGUUCUGUAAAAACUUCUCAGAUCAUGUGAAUCCAAGGAAUCCUAAUCAUAAACUUCGUGUAGCUAUUAUACUUGAUAAUUCAGGUCCUGAACUAACCGCAGAUCUAUGUCUUGCAGAGUAUCUCCUUACAAGUCAAAUUGCUGACCAUGUAUCAUUUCAUGGUAAAAGCAUUCCAUGGUUUGUAUCAGAUGUCACUGGCAAAGAUUUUAAUUGGCUACUAAAUAUGAAUAUUUUGGAGUUGAAGAGUGCUAACAAUGAUCAAUAUGUCCAUUCGGUUUUAAAGUGGUCUGAAGUCUGGCGAAAACGGAUUCAAGAUAGCAGUUUUCGCUUUGAAACUUCGUAUUUUUGGACUACUCCCUGCACAUAUGACGAGAUCGAAGUAGUUGACGCUUCACUUUACCAGGAUUUAUCAAGAAAUUAUGAUUUAAUAAUAUUCAAGGGUGAUCUUAAUUACCGCAAGCUUUUAGGUGAUCGUCAGUGGAAACCUGACAACCUAGACGAUAAGAUCAAUGCCUUCCAUCGAGUGCAGAUUGGUAGAUCACCAAGCUGUACGUGUUCAAAGAAGUUAGAAGAUCCAAGACUCGGCGACCCAAUCACCGAUUGCUCAUGUGGACCGAUGGUUGUAGCUCUUCGAGUUGCUAAAUCAGAUGUAGGUGUAGGUGUGGAUCAUGAUCGUCUUAUCGAGCUGCAAAAUGAAACAAAGGAAUGGUGGACCAUUGGCAAAUAUGGUUUCAUUCAAAUUGUUUCUCCUCUUGUUUUCAGUGCUUCAUGAAUCAAUACAUGACAUGACUUUCUAUAUCAUAGAUCACCUAUUUUCUGUCCCUGUUGUACUCACUCUUUUCGAUACUUGUUUAUCAUAUGCUCUCGCUAGCAUUUACUUUUUAGGUUGAAGUAAGGAAAAAAUAUAAUAUUAGUCCAAAAU